CAAAUUACAUAUUCUAUGACAAAUCGCUGUAGCGGCGUUCGCAUUAUCGAAACUGUAAAAACGUCGUAAACACGUUCAUUUAAUGAAAAAUAUUAUUCAAUCAUUAUAUUAUAUUAUAUUGUGAUGACCUAAUUAUCUUAUAAUGAUCUAGUUGCAGUCUCAUGAUGCUUGGUAUAAUCGUAUCUGGUCGUUUAGUGCAGACGGAUUUUCAACAAAUUGGAGAAAAUCAAUUUUUAAUUACAGUACCUGAUGCUGAUAACAUAAAUCAUAUUGUAGUGUUUCUUACAGGUACUGUUCCAUUUCCUGAUGGAAUGGGCGGUGCAGUAUAUUUUAGUUGGCCAGAUUCAAAUGCACCACCAAACUGGCAAUUUUUAGGAUUUAUUUCAAAUGUUAAACCAUCUGCCAUUUUCAAAAUAUCAACAUUGAAGAAAAAUCAUGAAUUUGAAAAUAGUAAUUUAGGAAUAUUUGGAGUUAGCAAGAUAUCUCAUGUAGCACAAAUUGGAAUUUCUGUUGAACCAUUGAAUGUAAUAGAGCAACAAGCUGCUACUGUUUCUGAAGCAGCAACAAAUUCUUUCGUAGAAUUUGUACAAAAAAUGCUUACAAGUUUCUUAAAUUAUGUCUCCAGUUUUUCUGUAACUCAAGCACAAAUAAUUCCAAAUUCUACAGAAAAUUUUGUACCACUGUCUACCAUACAAGGAUGGUAUGAAACUUUUGAAAGAAGAUUACAACAAAAUCCAAAUUUUUGGAAGGCGUGAUGAAUAUUCAGAGUUUAUUAGUUAGAUUUUUCAUAAUUUCUGUAAAACAAGUCAUACAUUAUGUAUACUUGUUUAUUAUUUCAUAUUUUUACAUUAUAAUGUCGCGAUAUAAAUCAAACUUGUUUUAUAUUCUUACAAAAAGGAAAGAAAAAAAAAUAAUUAUUUCAUAAUAUGUAUGUAGGAAAGAAUAUUUCAAUAUUCUAAAUAAGAAUGAAUAGAGAAGUUAAAAAUAUUAGUUUUUCUAAAUCGACAUAAAAGAAUAUUAUUUUUUUUCAUUUUAUUAUAAUAAGAUUAUUAUAAUCAAUAUAAUGCAUUUAAUGCGACAAUGCAAAUCUAUGUAAGGUACAUGAUUGAUGUAGAAAUGUGCAUUUACAUUGUAUUACAUAAUAUGUUGGAUGCAAAUAGACUUGUCAAAAAAUGACAAAGUCUAAUAAAAAUGAUUUAUUUAAUAUUAAGACUAACUAUAUGUUAUAUUUAUAUAUAACAUAUAGCUA